AGGCAGAAUUUAGUCUAGGGCCGGUCGGUCCACCCAGCAAACCCUAAGAUUUUGCACACCUCAAACCACUCUGGAUUGCGAGAAUCCAUCCGACAUCACCACACACGACAACAAAAUGGCUCCAGCAAACACCGGACCCAAGAAGGCUAAGAAGAAGUGGUCGAAGGGAAAGGUCAAGGACAAGGCCCAACACGCCGUCCUCCUCGACAAGGCCACCUCUGACAAGCUUUACAAAGAUGUCCAGACCUACCGCCUGAUCACCGUCGCGGUCCUGGUCGACAGAAUGAAGAUCAACGGCUCCGUUGCUCGCAGAUGUUUGGCCGACCUGGAGGAGAAGGGCAUCAUCAAGAAGGUUGUCUCGCACAGUGCACUGAGCAUUUACACUCGUGCGAUCACUGCCGACGAGUAAAGGAUUCUUUUUGAGAUUGGUAUCUGGUGUUACACGACGUUAUGAACCCUAUCCUACAAUAUCGACUACGGUCAGAGUUAGUAGAGGGGCAUGAUAAGGGAAGGCAUUUGCUGGGUCUUUCGGAACUCUCUUCGGUGUAGCAUAUCCAAUGACAUGGGAUUCUGGACGACAGUUUUUUCUUGAUUACCUGUGACU